AUGCUGAAACUUCCGCAGGUGCGCAAGGAGCUGGACGAGGACACCCUCGCUAGCUACAUCAUCGAGGAGGAGUGUACGCUGGCGGCGGAGGGACGGAAGGACCAAUUUCUUCCCCAGGCUAACCAAGUGUUUACCAAGAAGGGUAAGCCCCAAUUCCAGCAGACUUCAUCCCAUUCCCCUCCCACUAGAGCACAGCAGCAGCAGCCUAAGCAUGGGGGUGGGGUUGGUGGGGGAGGGGAGAAGUGGAAAGGGGCUAAGGAUGGCCAGUCAAAGGGGGGGAAAGGAGGGUUCAAGGGGAAUUGCUACGUGUGUGGGCAGCCGGGGCAUAUCGCGAAGUACUGUCGGCAGCGGGUGGAUAAGGAGGCAGACAAGGGUGGAGAGGGUUCUGGAGGCAAUAGCGCGAUUGGCAAGGGGGUGGUGUCGCCGUCUGUGAUGAUCACCGACGGGCAGCGCCUUGUGACUGAGCAGCUGCAGGACGAGAGCAGCAUGGAUGGAGUGCAGCAGAGUGGGGGGAAGGAGACAGGGGAGCAGCAGAUAGGGGAGCAGCAGAUUGGGGAGCAGCAGAUAGGGGAGGAACAGAUUGGGGAGCAGCAGACAGGGGAGCCGCAGACAGGGGAGCAGGAGAUGUGGGGAAUUAGAGAUGGUGGUCGUGUGUUGAUUUCUGGGACGACCACUGCUCCGCUGCGUCGCUCCACUCGCAUCACUCGAGGUGUCCCGCCUGUUAAUGAUAUGGCAUCCGGCACCCCUGCUGUUGCCAAUAUUGGUGCUGCUGGCAGCAGCGAUUGCACCGCCUGCACUACCCUGGGGCCACUGAGGGAAGCGAGAGGGGGGGAGGGAGGAGACAGGGGCACGAGGGGACUCAAAUUACUCAGCAACUUCUUCCCCAUCUUCCCAUGCUUUGACCUGCGCUGCUAUCCUGUCUGGGUCAUUGGGAACGACAGCCGUUGCCACCACUGCUGCUGCGGGCAGCAGCGAUUGCACGGCCUGCACUGCCCUGGGGCCACUGGGUGA